AGAAAAAUUAGAACAACAUAAAGUGUAGCGUACUCGUCAUAUUGAUAUUGAUGAAGACAAGCGUUGUGAUUGUAGCUGCUCGAGCUGAAUCUUCGUACCGCGGCUUUUACGCCACAUAAAAUCAUGCUACAACUUUAGAACAACUUCCACUUCCAGCAAAAGAACCAACAAGCAAGCAAAAGCCAUGUUGUGCGAGUGGGGCGUCCCGGUGGACAAGAAGCGCAAAAAGAUAUCAAAUGCAAAAAUGUCUGGGUCUGGAAGGUUCUACACUUGUAAUGCUGUCUCUGGAUACUGAAAAAAUUUGUAUUGCAUUACCAGCAAGAGAACUCCAGUUUGUGCUACGCGGAGAGGACAUUUCUCAUGCGGCAGAGGCAUCACAAAAUCCUCUAAAAAUCUGUGACGCUAGGGCAUGCAUCACAGACAUCAUGGGUCAUUCAAAAUAUGCAUGACAAACCUGGUAAUCUUCCAGACCCAGACACUUUUGUAUUUGAUAAAAGAAGCCGAAGUUCAAACGGCGCGACACGACCGCGAGCACUGCGUCAAAGACCAGCAUAUGGAUUGCAAAUAUGUCUGGGUCUGGAAACUUGUAAUGCUAAAAGUGAAUAAUAGACGUGCCGCAAUACGCAGCUAUGCAUCACAAAUUUUGUGGCUGCCAUGUCUUGUGCAUGGCAAACUGCCUCUUUGCGUGACAGUUACGAUGGCUCUUUCGUACCUAUGCAACACAGAUUUUCUAGUCAUGCCAGACAAGCAUGACAAACUUGCAUCCUUCCAGACCCAGACAUUUUUGCAUUUCAUACAGCACGGUGGUGAGCAAGAAGAGCCGGAAGGCGACUGAAAGCAUCGGUAAUUAUGCCGCGGCCGACGGAGGUACUACGAGUGCUGCAACUGUUGUGCCCGAGGCUGGAGAGCAGGCUCCACGACCUUCUCAGCCAGACGGCGAACAACAAACUGGAUCUUCAGGUCGUGGGCCUGUCGACGUCGAGCAGGGGCCGUCACUAACCCCCGAGACAGCAGCGGCACGAGGAAAGCAGUCCGUCAGCACUGACGAGGCCGGAAAUCAUGCAAAUGCGGACGCUAGGACCACCGCCUGCCCCAGCACCACUACAACCGUGCAGGAGCCGGAGUCCGGGUCGAAAUUGUCAGCUUCGUCGAGUUUCAACACCUUGUAUAACAACACGUCGCUCGUCAUUCCGGAAGAGGAGGAGGUGGAACCAGUACCACUAUCGCGACAAGCGGUCCAGCACCAGUGUGCUAGUACAGAAGAAGAGGCACAAAGGCAGCAAAUGCAAAUUGCAGGCGAAAAUAUAAUAGAGGCCAACGACCCGACGACUCUUCCACCAGUGGGGAUAAUUGUCGGCAACCUUCCCGCAACAGCAUCAUCAUCUUCCUCCUCCUCUGCCAGCUCCACAGCUUCUUCUCCCAUCACCGCUAUCCAACACGAGAGCGGGCUGCGAUUUUGCGAGGUCGAUGCGAAAAGGCAGCGGCAGAGGAUUCCUUUUCAACAUGCAGCGAAAACAAAUUCGAACUUUAUUUCCGAUGUUAACAAAAGUAGUAUCGGAGGGCUGGAUAACGAUAAUUGGAAUAGUGGUUGUGCUGCAACCAAGGGCGCAGCUCCUGUGACGAGCGGUGGCAGAAGUGCAGCAUCUUCUCGGUCUGCUUCUGCAUGCUGCAGGAAUAAAAAUUCGCAGGACACCAUAAUCCUCGCCGGAAGUAGUAGUUCUUCGGACGAUGAAGUCCAAAAAAGUUUGGAGAUUUUGCGAAACCUGAAAUCUGCACUGGAUCACGACAUACAGCAACAAGAUCAUGCAGUUCUUCACGACCAGCAACUACAACGCGGCGAGUCGUCGUCCUUCACCUCUUAUGCUGUGCAAAAGUAUCGUACUCGUAGUGAUUGCGUUUAUGCAUCACAAAUUUCUUUCCCAAGGUAGAUCUGCAUUACAAAUCUAUUUGUAAUGCUGGGCUAAUUUGUAAUGCGAUUUAUACUAGAAGUACGAUGCUUUUGCAUUGCAUACCUCUCGCGAGGAGAACGAGAUGAGCAACGACAUCCUCAGUGCUUCCUCGGUUUCCCCCAGUCCCUCUGUCGACUUCGAUUUUCUGGAGGUCGCUAAUAUAAAUUUGAUCCAGAACUACAACGAAGAUGACGGCGAGUUAUUUUCAGCCGGCUCGUCUAGUAGUAGACCACCGCCUGCGAUGUCGAUGAAAGCGAGGUUUGAAGGAAAUUUGGAGCUCCUGAUAUGAAAUGCAAAAGACUCGUACUAGUAGAAAUCGCAUGACAAAGUUCCUCAGCAUGAGAAAUGAAAAUUGUAAUGCGGUUUUGAGAAAGAAAUUCAAACUUGUAAUCGUAUGACUGCGAUUACUACGAGUGCGAUACUUUUGCACUGAAUACCGGAACGGGUUUGAUGACGAAUUUAUCGUGGAGAAUUUCGAACCAUCAGCUACUGUAGCGGAUGGGUUGAUGAAAAAUGUGGAGAUUUAUUCUCAUGCAAAAUCAACAAAAACCGCAACUGGUUCAACAUCUGUGGCUUCUUCCUCGUCCUCUAGCACUUCUGCUGCGAACUCUGCGACGAGCAGCACGACCGUGUCGCCACUCGAAGAGAGUGCUCCGCCUUCUGGUUCUUCUGUGUCUACUAGUGUGGUUCCAUCGGUAGAACAAGUGCCAUCUUCAUCUUCAAGUUCCUCUUCCUCCGUCUCCAAAGCGACCUUUAUCCGCAAAAAAAAACCUCCAUCCCCAUCCAAUUUGUCAUGCAAAACAUGCAUCAAGUCCGGUGCUUCUCAUCCAAGAAACGGAUGAUGAUAUUCACGGUUUUUUUUUCUGUGGAUACCAUCCCCCUUCGUCGCACUGCUGGAUGAACACCAGCAGGAGCGAGACCGCGCGCCCUCCAUCGAAGAAGUGACCAGUGACGCGGAUAAGGAUGUUACAAACCGGGUCGAGAAGUCGGAUGAACAUCUGCUGGCCGCGAUCGCGGACAGUCUGGCGAAAGACGUGGCGGAGCACGGGGUCAGGGAGGAAGUGGAGUCUUUGUACUGUUCUACGGUAUCCUGAGAAAAAAGUGUUACAGUUACACACUCUGAUGGAAGUAGACAAGCAGUACAGACAACCUCUGUCAUGCAGGAAAUGCUUGGCAGCCUCAUUUCAUUCGUGUUUUCCCUAUAUAGUCUGCGCAUCACAGGUUUUCGUUUCAAUGUCGAGCAACUUUGUGAUGCAGAAACUCCAAUAAGUGUUUAACUGUAACACUUUUUUCCUGUGAUAUACGGAUCAGAACGAAGACUAUCAGCAGUUGAAUACCGAUCUCCUUUUCGACGAAGGGGCCGCUGGGAGUGGUAAUUCUAAUUUUUAUCCGGAAGCAGCACCAUCUACUUCCCGCACGGAGGACACAAAGAAACGAAAUCAGAGGGAACAUGUCAAUCUGUCAGAAGGUCGUGGGAACAAGUAUGGCGUUCUCAAACGUUACAUUCUCAACUGUUACAUGAUUUGUCAUGCAAAAUGACCAUGACCCGCCAGACGAUGAAGCUGCUGCGCAUGACAAAUUCUCGGAGGGCUAAACACCACUAUAAUCCGCACGAAACCUGUAAUGCAAGACGCGCAAGGUUCUCCCUCUCAUCUGUGCUAGUCUUGCAUUACAAAUUUAUGUAACAGUUGAGAAUGUAACAGUUGAGAACGCCAUAACAAGAACCCGGGGGCCAGACCAGCAGGGACAAGAAAAAGUCGUAUAUAACCUGCUCAGGUGUUACAAUCUCAAACGUUACAAUAGAAUCUGAAAUUUGUCUUGCAUGACUAACAUGACAGACUCGGACAGCGUUCCACUUUUUGCAAUACAAAUUUCGCCAGAUUGUAGUGCGGAUUGGGACUCCAGAACUUGUCAUGCGCAAUCCUGUGGGAGUAGGGUAGAUCAUGCACGUCUUGCAACACAAAUUCCAGAUUCUAUUGUAACGUUUGAGAUUGUAACACCUGAGCGGGUUAUAUCGUAGCAGUAGAAGUUCCAGGCCGUGGUACCUCCCCAGUACGCACUUGCAUAUCCUGUGCAAAAGUAUCGUACUCGGAUUGCAAUCAUGCAUGCACCCAGAUGAAUUGUCGUAUAAGAUGAAUUGUAACAAAAUACGUAUCUGCUAUCCAGCGAAGCUUGCAGCGUAUCGUAUUACGCAGCAGAGAAAAGCGAAAGCGAACACCAGCCGAGCCAAAUUCGACAAAAGCAAAAAAGCAACCCUUGCAACAUAUUUUCCCAAAAAUGAAUUGCAAAAAGCAUCACCCCGCUGUUGUAAAAAUCGAUGCAAUUCAGCGUGAAAAGACAAAGCAGCUCAGCUUGCCGCUUCUGUGAUAUAGCUGCGCUGCGAAAUAGAAUAAGACGAGCAAGCGGAAAAAAAAUGCAGCAAAAUAGCGACAGGAAAGCGAGCGCGAUCUACUUCUAUUGCCUCAGCUGCAGCUUCUGUGACAAAAUUGACGCACUGAGAAACGCGAUCAAAAAAACAAUCGCUCUUUAGAUUGUGAAAAUGUAGGGAAUGAGAACGAGAAAGCCAAAGCUAACAUAGGGAAAACAAAAAUACACAGAACGAGUCCCACAUUAGCAAAUAAAGCCUACAAAACUUAACUUGCACAAACACAAAACGCAGGGACGUAUCAAAUUAGCAACGCGAGUUUUGUAUGAGAACAAAACGAGCGAAGGAGAACUUGCAGGCGAAGUGCAGCGUCGGGGCAAGUUGGUGAAAGCGUUAGCCGUCAAUCAACAUGCGGGGUGCGCUGUACUUCGUACGGAAAUGGAAACAGUUUGCAGAAACAGAAGACAGCAGAAUAGUGUAAAAAUUGCAUGUAAAAUUCAAGAAGAAGCGCAUAGUGUACAAGUGGAGUGCAGCAACAGAGCGCGUUGGUCGAAGCGACAGCCUCAAAUCAACUCGCGUCGUGCGCUGCGCUCCUAGUUUUAAUAGUUAUAGCUGAUAACAGUUCAAGUCCGACACAAGAAGAGAUACGAGAAAAGACGAGAAGAACGACUGAUAAAAGUAGCACAACGCAUGUUGUUUUUCACGAGAAAUUACACAUGCGAAAAAAAACAAAACGAGUAAAAGGAACGCAGCGCAUCUUCUAGCGCAAGAAAUAACAGGCCAAGAAGCUAAGCAAAAACGGAAAACCGACGCCGCGGCGCUUUUCGCGUGCCCCCUCUUCAGGGCUCGGGAUUCUUGAACGCAGACAGAGACCGGCGCCCCUCCGAGGCGGAGGACGUCGAGGCCAUGCGGUGCAGUUCCUGAAGCUCCGGCGGGGCGCGCGGCUCGAUCGAAGUCGUGCGCCACGUUGCCGGCAUGCGCAGAAACUGGCCGCCUUGAAAAUUUCGCGUGAGCGCCAAAGGAAUGAAAACGACGCAAGGGCACCGCUGAGCACGCCACCACGCCAUUGGUGCAGCCUCAUAAAUUCGCCAAACGAUGCUGACACCAGUAACGCCCUCAAUGCGGAUCCGAAUUCCGCGCGUCGCCCCCUCGACACGGGUGACCGAACCCCGGAUGUUCGUGGGAACUUGUUUCGGGCCGGCAGUUUCCAGCUCGGCGACGUCGACGUAGGCUUUCGUUUGCCCUUAUGCACUGCAAAAUCGCACUGGCGCAACGUAAUUACGCAAGCAGCCAAAUAAAAACAAAGAAAAAUUAGAGACCAGCAUGCUUCUGGGCGCAUAAAGAGAAAAAAAGACACUGAGAAAAAUGCGCAACCACAUGCGCGCCAGCACGAGUGUUGCAGAGCUUAAGAGCGGAAGCGACCCCGAGCCAAAAACGCGAUCCAUUGCGGGGUCGACGGCGACGACCGCGGAAAGAUCGUCGCCCGCAGCUGGAGGCGGUGGCCCAGCAAUCGACGCCGUUUCUUGUUGGACUCGUGGCGGGACGUGAUUCGGCGCGGCAGGCGGCGCGGUCUCGGUGGGAGGCGCAGGCGGCGCGACGACUUGCGUGAGGCCCGUGGGGCACCGCUUGAGGUCCUUCCAAGGAACAUCGCGCAGAGUCGUUUCGCGUUUCUUGCCGGAGAGGACUCCGUCGCUGCGGACAUCCACCCCGAGCGCCUUCACCUGCGUAACGACGAAAGGCCCCAAGAAUUUUGUUGCCAAGCCGGGGCUUUUCUGUCUGUUUCUGCACAAAACACGUUCCCCAAUUUUCAGUUUUUUAAUGUCCUUCAGCCUGCCCCCGUCCUCCCGAUUUUCAAAGAAGCGGCUGCGAUUGUGUAGCGCCUGUCUGGCCAGAGAGCCGCGCAACGUUGCGGCCGCAAAAUCAGCAGCGCCAUCACUCUCGCCACCCGCGGCCCCGGCGCCGUGUUUCCUUUCCUCGGAAUUCUGCGGCGGGGGUCCAGCCAGUGGGGUGGCGGAGGCUGCGCUUGCGCUUUCUGCCGCGGCGCCCUUGUCUGCAACGAUAUGCGGAGGCGCACGCUGCACGGGAUGCAGAGUGGCUUCGGUGAUGUCCCGUAAGGGGCGGAGAAACGUGUUCAAAUGCCUCGCAGCGGGAAUCCGACGGCCCCGCGUCGCCCGUCGGUUCAGUGCCGCAACAGACGCAGGCAAAUGACGAGGCCAAUCCUUUUCGCCCCCCCCUUUUACGCAGUUGCUGCUUCAACUGUCCAUUGUAGGUUUGGUCGGAGCCGCCCCCGGCGUUUUGCUUGCUAAAUCGCGGCUAUUUUUUUUCCCGAACAAUGUGGAGAAGAUUGCCGGCGCGGUGGUGAGGUGCCAUCCCCUGGGCUCGGCGCGAAAUCGCAAAGGCUUGGCGCCUGUCCGCCACGCCCUUGGCGCGCGGGCGCCGCGAGCCCAUGCCGGGUCUGUGGCUUUGCGCGCUCCAGAGGGCCGCGCCCUCCCUGCGGCAUGGCCCGUCCCUUGUGCCUUGCGCAUUGGCAGGGCCGCCGGCCGGAGGCAGCGCGCCACCCCCUUUGUCCAGCCUAUAGAUUUGCUAUUUUGCUUGCUAUUUCCCCUGCUAAAUCGCAAACGCGCAAAACCUGAGGCAAAACGCUGGGCCCGAGAUUGUUGCCGACUUUGGCAGGAAAUUUAGCCCGCGCCUUCGGCAAGGGAUUUAGCAAGGAAAAUAGCAAGGAAAUUAGCAGGCGAAUUAGCAAGCAAAUUAGCACGCGAAAUAGCAAGCAAAAUAGCAAGCAAAAUAGCACGCGAAAUAGCAAGCGAAAUAGCAAGCGAAUUAGCAAGGGAGAACAAGUUCGCCCCGCGCUUAAUCGGGGCCAAAAAAGGGGGGGCCCAUUUGGCGAAUUUUUGGGGGGUUUUUUGGGUGGGCAAAUUCGAACACGGGAAAAAAAAUAGCCGUCACUUAGCACGGCCCCCGCCGGGGCCGGCUCCGCCCAAGUAGGUUAUCACCGAAAAAUCCGCCCUCCCCAUAUUGCAAAAGGAAUUUGCGUUGCUGAUGCGUGGCCGCGAGUUGUAGUCCGUUGCAGAACACGCGCGAACACGAACCCAGCAACACGAAUGGUCUUCAUAAAUAUGGGGGAGCGGCUUUUUCAGUUUCGUAGAACUUUCCGCGGCACCAUUGGACUGCGGAUGCGCGCGAGGGCUUUCGCGGAUAUCCGUGCGAAAGGCUGCGCCCGCCGGGGGGUCGUUGGUGAAGGUCGCGCACUUAUGGUCGCGCGUCAAGCAGGUGCACUGGCUCCAGUUCUUUAUCUGCUGCAGCUCUGUGCCCUUGUCAAUGUUCAAAUGAUCCGGCGCGCCGUGUUCCUCGAUCAUAUCCAGAUGCGCUUGCUUGACUUGGUCGGAGCCGCCCCCGGCGUUUUGCUUGCUAAAUCGCGGCUAUUUUUUUUCCCGAACAAUGUGGAGAAGAUUGCCGGCGCGGUGGUGAGGUGCCAUCCCCUGGGCUCGGCGCGAAAUCGCAAAGGCUUGGCGCCUGUCCGCCACGCCCUUGGCGCGCGGGCGCCGCGAGCCCAUGCCGGGUCUGUGGCUUUGCGCGCUCCAGAGGGCCGCGCCCUCCCUGCGGCAUGGCCCGUCCCUUGUGCCUUGCGCAUUGGCAGGGCCGCCGGCCGGAGGCAGCGCGCCACCCCCUUUGUCCAGCCUAUAGAUUUGCUAUUUUGCUUGCUAUUUCCCCUGCUAAAUCGCAAACGCGCAAAACCUGAGGCAAAACGCUGGGCCCGAGAUUGUUGCCGACUUUGGCAGGAAAUUUAGCCCGCGCCUUCGGCAAGGGAUUUAGCAAGGAAAAUAGCAAGGAAAUUAGCAGGCGAAUUAGCAAGCAAAUUAGCACGCGAAAUAGCAAGCAAAAUAGCAAGCAAAAUAGCACGCGAAAUAGCAAGCGAAAUAGCAAGCGAAUUAGCAAGGGAGAACAAGUUCGCCCCGCGCUUAAUCGGGGCCAAAAAAGGGGGGGCCCAUUUGGCGAAUUUUUGGGGGGUUUUUUGGGUGGGCAAAUUCGAACACGGGAAAAAAAAUAGCCGUCACUUAGCACGGCCCCCGCCGGGGCCGGCUCCGCCCAACUUGACCUCUUCCGCCUCGAAGCUCGUCAGCAGUUUGGAACAAACGGCGCCAGUCGUGAGGCAGCACAUGUUCAAACAACCGACGAAGCGCGUGCCGACAUUUUUGCCGCGGUGCGCCGAGUUUUCGCAGGGGGUGCAAACUAUGCAGUCGACGCCUGCCCAGGCAAAAGGCCGAAGGGACUCAUUGGCGGGGUCCUUGAGCGCCGCCAAAGUACUGCUUGCGUAAGAAUCCUGCUGCUGCGGCGCAUGUUCUUCGUUGGCCGCGCAAGCCUCGCACGCUUGCACCGCAACCCGCGCGCUUUCUUUCAAGCCGCACCACGUGAAGCCAAGCUGCUGGAUGGCCACCCCAGUUGCCUCAAUUCCCCCAUGCGACCGCAAAUGCCCAAGGGCCGCAAUGCGCUGCUUUUCCGCGUCGUCGUCGGCGCCGAUGACGGUAAGCCAAUCCGGAUACACCAUCAGCGCUUCGGUGGUUUUGCGUCCGUAACCCUGGAACUCUGCGCGGACCUGCAGCUUGCCCAUGCCCGGGGCCAAGCGGAAAAAGUUUUUCUUUGUUUUCCACCACUUCCGCUGCCGCGCGGUAAGUCCCAACGCUUUGGAAGCCGCCCCAAUGUCAGCAGCCCGCAGCAAGAAUUCAAUCGCGCCAUCGGGCAAAGAAAAAUUUUUGCCGGCGUUGGACUUUCGCCCGCGCUUUCGUGGGGGGGGCGCGCACUCGCUCGCAUCCGAAGCAGCCUCCCCAUCGCUUUCGCUCAAGUCGCUCAAGCUAACAACGCUCGAAACCGACGGCGCCGGCGCAUCUGCUUCCGCUGCACGUUUGCGAGAGGCCAAGCCAACCGCCACAGGUUCGCCCUCUUGCGUUUCCAAAACCGUUUCGGCCUUCGUUUCGGGGGGCGGGGCAAAGGAAGUCCCCGUCGCUUCCGCUUUCGGCUGAGCGCCGCGCCUGACAAAGGCGUUGUAGUGGCGGCCAUCGUACUCGAGUCGGAUCGCCUUCGCGCCGCUUCCGAUUUUCUGCGGCUGCUCUUGAGAACCGGGGGCGGGUUCGAUCUGAAUCGACAACACUAUGCAAAAGAAAAAGCAAACCAGCCCACUACACAUCAGAGACAAGAAAGGCACGGGCCGCAAAUUUUCGCAAAACGCGCGCCGCAUCCCGCGCAAAAACGACAGCGCGCGGCGUGCCGCUCGGCUCUUUUAGGUGCGGGCGGGCUCAUUUUUUCGGGUAGGGUCCAUGACUUUCGCCACAGCCUCCAAAAAUGCGUGGCCCAGCCAUACCGUUGCCGCGGGGUGCAGAAGUUUUCCCAACCAGGCCAGCCACUUGCUCUGCUCUGCUAAAACCGCGGGGCCCGCCGGCUCGUCCACUCCGUACUCCCCCACCCAAAACGGACCAAGCUCUUCGCGCUUGUCCGCCAUGAAACCCUCCACCAACUGCUUCACCUUCGGCAUGCUGAUGCCUGUGGCCGCCGCAAUCGAAAGAGGGCAACAAUUGCCGUUCCCCUCGAUCUUUUGCAAAACAUCGGUCGAAGCCGCACCACAAUCGCUGAAAAAACGGAGCCCCCCCCGAUAUCGUUUCGGGCUUCUGUCAUGCUGAUCUCCUGAAUUUCCCGGGAUUUUCGUGGAAAAUCCUGGGAAACCAGCGAAAGCGCAACCAAGUCCGCGCAUUAGCUGAAACAACAACGGGGGGGGCGCCUGUGUUCACGGCCUUAAGCUUCCCCCGGAGCGGCCGCAGCAGGGGCCUCCGCCGGUUUCUCGCCGCGGAUCCACUCGACCCGGCACAGCCACUUGCCCCGUCCCGGCUUGGGGUUGCGGCUGCCGGGGAGCCUCCCGACUUGGCUCGGCUUGUUGGCGUGCCUGUCCCCCCCUAAAAGGGGGACCAUCACCGUGCGGAAAUCUUUUUCCGCUGUCGCGCCGCCGGGGACCUGAGACCACGCCUGCCAGCAGGCCGCCGAAGUGCGGGUCACCAACUGGCAGCGGUGGUCUUCCUUCGCCCUUUCCACCACCCCCGGCGCAGCGUUGUCCAGGUCGACCAAAAAAUAUCAAACACGCAAAGCCCCCGCAAAACAGCGCCGCGCUACGGGCGCGCGCGCGAGGUAUUGCCCGACGGCUGGGCAGGAAAUUGAGCGACCGCCCAAUCCCCCCGGCUCUUCUGUCAUGGUGCUUGGCCGCGGCCAAUCAAGCAAGCGGCGCCCCUUUCCCCUUGUACGGGCGGCAAGCUAGAAGGAAAACGCGAACCCGCAACGCCCCCCAUGCUACUAAAAGCGCGCGCACGAGGCGGGGGGCGGCGCUGCCCUAUCUAGCCAAGGAACGGCCCCGGCGCUGCGCCACACUGGGCGCGCGCCUUGCAACUCGGGUCGCCUCGCUCGGCCGCCGGCCGGCCAAAGAAAUUUUCUCACCAACCGGCGAAAACCUGCGCCGCGACCUUGGCCGGGGCCUAGGGUUUAGAAUCUCCACCGGGCGCCCGCGGCUUUGCAGAAAAACGCCGCAACUCCAUUGCGCGCAAUGCUUGCGCGCCGUUGCGAAGGCUUUGCGCGUGCACAUGCGUAAAAUCCAGUCGGAGCCCAUCGGGCGAAAGAAAUAAUGAAAAUCCUUCCCGAGCGCGUUGGGCCGCCACGCCUUCGGGUCCGCUCGCUGCUCCAUGCUGGCGACGCCUGAAAAACAGGAAAGAUGAGUGUUGCUAUUUGACAUGUGAAAAAGGAAACCUCACUACGCGGAAAACGACUGAAGCGCCCUGCUUCCCCUCCCUUACUAUAAGAAAGCGGAAGCGAAAAUCUAUCGCAACACCCAAGCGAAAAAGAAUACCUCCCCCACCACGCAGCGGGUCCUUGGCCUGUGUCAGGAUCAACUUCCGGAGGGCCCCGACCGGCAACAACUUCGUGACCCGUGACCUAUCCCCGAAAAAAAUGCUGUCCACACAAAGCUGGCGGCCUCACUGCAUACAAGAGCGAAAACGCGAACCGGCAAAACAAAAAAAAAAUCCGUUGCCCAUCGGCGGGGCAAAUGCAAAAAGCCACCACGAGGCCCCGCCGCCUUCCAUGCGCCUGGGGAGUCCAUUUUUUUGGGGGAUAGGUCAUGUCUGCGACAAGGAAGUGCCGCCGCAUCCAGAUCGUUCGUCACCAACCCUUCCCCCGUGUACCGGUAACCCGGAAACGCCGACGGCAUCGGGGGGGGCGGGGGGGGCAGGUUGUGCAGGCCCGGGCCACCGGCCGUGCGGCCCGCGGGCGGAUCGAUGUUGCGCCCGGACGCUUUGCCGCUCGCCUUCGAAUUGUCCCCGCAAUCGGAGUCGCUCGCCACAGAAGCCGGGCCCGCGUCGAGCUGCCCGUUGGUGGGGGCCUGGGUUCCGUCCGGAGCCGGGGCAGCGGGGGCCGGGUCCUGCAGCCAAGAAACGCCCAAGACACUGCCCGGGCCACUGUGCGGAAAUGCCGCCAUUAGGCCGGCAUCCCGCGUCUUUGUGGCGACAUUCGCGGCAAAAUCUUUCUGCUCGGGGCUGAUGGGCUGCGCCCCUUCCAUCGCCAUCGCCAACAUCCCGCCAAGCAUGCUGCGCCAUAAUGGGAAAAAGUGCGCCCAAUCAAAUCACGGGCGGGGGCCCUUGUAUCAUAAAAAACAGCCCAAAGCGCCAGGCGCUGCCUGGCCUGGGCGCCGCAAAAGGCGGAGCCCUUAGCGGGCGGAAACCCUGCAAAGCCUGGGAUUUGUCAUGCCUAAAAAGCUGCCCGCGCCCUGCAAUUGCAGGGGCUUGGUUUUUUUUCGUAUUUUUUCCUUGGCGCUGAGGCCCUUCCCGAGCGUCUCCAAGCGCUUGAAAUUCGCCCACAGCUUCGCCACCUUCAUACGAGUGAGCCGCAGGCGGUCGCGCUGCUUGUCCGAGUAAGCGCCCGGGUCACUCAUGUCGACCCACCCCGCGGGAGUCAGGCGAGGGGGAAAAUUGCCCGAGUCCCCGAAGCAGAAGUCGGAAUCCUGCAAGUCCAGCAAGCCAGCGACCGCCAAGGCCUUGGCCCGGUCGUAAUCGCCGGCCACCGAAACGAUUUCCAUGGCCAUGGUGUUUGUUGUUUUCUUUCGAUUUGCAAGGCGAAACCGAAAAAAUGCGAGAAGAAGAAAAACGCGAAGCAACGACAAAGAUAAAGAAGCCAGAAGCGUCGCAAGCUAGUGCGUAGCUGGUGUUUUUUUGCUUAGUAGUCGAGAGGUUUUUUUUUGUGGUUAGUGUGCUCGUUUUUCGUCCGAGGUAGACAAGUUGUUUUUUUUUGGGUAGCGUGUUCUUUUUUUCGUCUGAACAAGACAAACUGAAGUUGGGCACUGUAAGGGUAAUGAAGAUGAAACAAGAAAAAAGUAAUAUAAGCAUGAGCCAACACAAAGUCAUCAUAUGCCUAUCACGUGACUGCUCACAUGAUAAUCAUAUGAUUUUGCACCCCCAUAAGUAAGCCAUUUUGAGUUGUUUCGCUCACAUGAUAGUCAUGUGAUUAUCAUGUGAGGCCCGACGCUCGACAGCGAAAGUAUUUUUCCAAUUAUAUGACGCAACGCCCGUCAUACGUACGAAAGGAAGCGUAAAAACGUGAACGAAACACAACGAAAACAACGAAAGAACGAAAACCGAUCGUAUACACAAUACGACGACAACUCAGAUUGCAUCCCGUAAGGCCAUGAAAAAAAGUGAAAAAGACAACUCAGCACGAAGCAAUUCAGAUUACUGCAUGCAUUACAAGUCUUCUUUUUAAGGUAAAUGCGCAUUACAAAUGUUAUUCCUCAUGCUAAGGAAAUUUGUAAUGCAUUUAUACGAGUGCGAUUAUACUUUUGCAGUUCAUAUUGCAGUGGCUCGCAGACAAAGCAGAAGACAUCUUCGCACAGGAACAUGAAAUCGCUGAUAGAACUUCUGCAAUACAAAUUGCAAAUGGAAAUGCUUCUGGACCUCCACGACGGGGUGCCCCACCUGAGCAGGAAUUUCUCUCCUACUACGAAAACCACUGGCAUAACUCCUCCUCCUCCUCUUACAACUAUCCGGAGAGCGUUCUGUUGGAAAGAAUAUCAACUGCAAAAAUGUCUGGGUCUGGAAGAGGCGGAGCUUGUCAUGCACAUUUUGCAUGACCCGUGAGGUCUGUUAUGCUGGUGCUAGCGUCACUGAUUUUUUCAGAGCUUCUUGAUGCUAAUUACGCAUGAGAAAUGCCAUCAUCUCCGCGUGCCGCGAACUGACUCCUCUUGCUGCAGCUCAUGCAACACAGAUAUUUUCAGAAUCCGCAGACAGCAUUACAAGUUCCACUCUUCCAGACCCGGACAUAUUUGCAAUCCAUAAAGAAAACCCUACGUUUUGUUCGCGCCGAGGUGUGGGUUCUGCAAAAAAUUCAUGUGCAACCCAGAGAUCAUUGAUGCGGUGAACGUGAACGUGAAUCAAGAGCAACAGCAAGGACAAGGUUGCUCCGCCGUAGAAGACGAAGAUGAAGAAGUACUAUUCCCUUUCGUGGCGAAAAGCGACGAGUUUUUAGCGGAUAUAAUGCCCAGGAUCAGCGAACACGAAGGACUAGGCGAGAGGGAAGAUGAACAGAAGGAGCAGGAGGAGUCCUCAAGCGCAACCAACCUUGCACCGGAACCUCCAACAGUUGACGUACAACCACAACAACCUGCAGCACCUGCACCGCCCACCCCUCGUGCCUGCAGCAAAACGUGUAUUGAGACCAACGGUAAAUGUCAGGACUUGGAGUGUAUCAAAUGCAAAAAUGUCUGGGUCUGGAAGAGUUGUGUUUGUAGACUUGUCAUGCAGAUUGUCCAUGACCCAUGAGGUCUGGAAUGCGAGCCUUAGCAUGACAGACUCUGCGACGAGGUCUCUGCCAUGCCUAUCCUGCAUGAGAAACUCCCUUCCUUUUUUGUUCCUCCAGCGUGGAGCGGCAGCACCAUCGUGGUUUUUUUUUCUCCCCGCGACGCGAUCACUGGAUCCCGGUAGCGCUAGAUCCCUUUCCGCAGGCGCUCCUAAAGUGGGCCUUUUUACCGGUGCCGGCGCACUAAAAAAGAACCCCGAGACGGGGAAAAACAGAACCACGAAGGAGAAGACGGAGGUGGGGCACAGAAGAAAAGCGGAGUGGGGCACUAGGGAAAAAGAAGAGAAGAAAAGACGAGCGGGGGGGGAAGGGGCUAAAGAGCAAAAAAAGAGCUGCAACUGUCUGGGAGUUUGCAUGUCGAAGUCGUUCGGACUAGGUUUAUUACCAAAGUGGCGCCAGGGUUGUUAUUUUAAAGAUUGCGCUAAGGCAGCACCCCCCUUCCCCAAGGGGCCCCCCGGGGCGGGCGCGGUGGCGGCUCUGCUAACGCGGAGCUCCAAAGUCCGACUCUACCUAUGCGCAUAAAAAGGGUGCGCGGAAGCAGGUCGGUAAGGUGCUUGAAAGGGGCAUGCUUUGGGGUUGCCCGCCAUCGUGAUAGGGUCAACGUGUGUGACCAAUAGGCCCCCAGUAUAUCAUAGCGCGCAACCGACCACAAAAGCAGAAGAGUUUAAAGUUUGUAAGAAUAACCCAGCAAGGCAACACUGGAGCUCCACCUUGCUCGCGGGCUUGGAUGGUAAAUCAGGUCAGCCACAUCUAACGCCCACUGGCCGUAUACACGCGUAAGAAAUCGGAAACGGUUCAGCGGAUGCGGUCGGGUGGUACCUGUAGGACGUGGAACGGGUGUCCACCUAGGGGUAUUGGCAGAGGCUAAAUCUGUUCUAACGCCACGGUAUUGGCAGAGGCUAAAUCUGUUCUAACGCCACCCUGACAGGAGUCAAAGGUCAAAACGAUACGAUGCGAUAACUUGGUCCAAAGUGUACAGCUUUUGGCACUCAUGCAACACAGAUUUUUGCAUGCUUCAGAUUUACCAUGCAACCUUCCAGACCACCCAGACACGUUUGCAAUGCAUAGAGUGUAACGGGGUGGACAUGGACGAUUUGCCAAAUCGGACAGAAUAUGCAGCGCAAAAGCAUCGUACUCGUAGUAAUUGCAAUCAUGCAUUGCAAAUCUCUCUCUUAAGCCAAAUCAGCAUUGCAAAUUUCAUUUUUCAUGCUGAGGAAAUUUGUAAUGCAUUUAUACGAGUAAGUACUACGAUACUUCUGCAAUGCAUACAGAACUCCUCUCUUUCGAAAUCGAAAGGGUGCAUCCCGCGACCUUGACUGCGGAAGGAGCAGAGGAAGUUUGUGAAGAUGCAGGAGAUGAAGCAGGAGAAGCUGCAAGAAAGGAAAAGCAAAACGAAUCGUUUCGCACGGCGAGGACCAUGACCCGCACGGAGCGCAUCCACUACGUGCUGGUUUGGCCGCACAGGAACAGGAACUCCGCUUUCGGCCUGAAAGCUACGUCAAACUCUUUUCAUUCCAGUUUUACCUCUACCAGCACAGGAGGCAUGGAAAUAGCGAGUCCAAGAACAGACGACGAUGAAGAAGGAGACCAACCAGAAGAGAAAUACAGCAAGCAAAAACAAUCUGAAUACCCACUGACCCUCUUUCUCCCGGGCACGGGCAACAUUAACUGGCAGGUCCCUGGCUGUCCCUGGUCCGGCGGGUUCGAGCUGUUGACGAAUAAGAACAAGCUCUUCAACAGCUUCUACAUCAUGCCCUUAAUAGAGGACUACCGGUUGGAAUCGGAUAUGGCGUUCUCAACUGUUACAUCCUCAAGUGUUGCGAUUGAUUUGUGAUGCAAGAGUGGAAAAAGUGAACGGGUUUACCUUGCGCGUCUUGCAUGACAGAUUUGGCACAGAUUGUCAGCCUGCUUGGCGGCCCUCUGAGAAUUUGCCAUGCGAAGCAGCUUGCUGGUGUCGGUUCUGAACGUAAUUUUGCAUGACAAAUCACGCAACAGGAACAGCUGAGAAUGUAACAUUUGAGAACGCCAUAUCGGAUAUGGUUUACAUCGAGGACUCCUACGGACACUAUCGGUACUAUGAAUUGCAACAGCAAUAUCGUACUAGUACUAGAACUUUGCAAUCACGCAUUACAAAUCUUUUUCUCAAGGGAAAUCAGCAUUACAAAUUUUAUUUCUCAUGCUGAGGAAAUCGAAAUUUGUAAUGCAUUUAUACGAGUGCGAUACUUUUGCAAUCCAUAGGUACUGCGAGAAGACGAUUGAACUGCUAUUGAAACACGCUGUGCAGCAUAUCGAGGCGAAUGCAGUAUCCCGAGCAAUAAAAGCAUCGCGAUUGCACUCGUAUAGAACAAGAUCGCAGUCGUGCAUGACGAAUCUCCCUCCUUUAGGUGAAUCAGCAUGACAAAUUCAUCCACUUUCCGACUUGAAAAAAAUUGUAAAUAUAUGCAUUUUAGAGGUAGUCGUGCCAUGCUUUAGCUUUUGCGAUGCAUCCGCCGCAAUCAACUACAACUGUUACCUCGACUAUGAGAAAUUCUACCUAACUGGCAUCUCCAUGGGCGGCACUGGGUGCUGGCAAAUUCUGGCGCACUGCGGGAAAUAUUUCGCCGCUUGUGUUCCGAUAGUUGGGAACCCGGAUUGGGGCGUGACUGGGAAACGGAUGGACUUGAACUUUGGGGUAUACGGAUUGACGGUAGGGUACAACGAGGAGGAUUUUCUUGAUCCGGCGGAAGUAGACACAGCGCGGACGGGAAUAGCUGUUGCACCUACUUCGAGUGGUGUUGUUGAUGGUGCUAAUAUUGCGACAGGUGGCGCAACAGGAGUCGAGCCUGCAAUUGUGCUGGCACAGCAUCCCCAUAAUAAACCGGAGCCCGACCCCUUCGGAUUCGAUGCAGAAUCCCUUCCAGACGACGACGCAGACCCAGAAGUUGCGAAAAUCGUGGAGAAAUUGCGGAGUAGAAGUUCCUCAAAGUGCACUAACAUCUCCUGCGUCGACGAGCUUGAAACAGAUUGUCAUGCCGACACGCAUGGUGCAGCUCCCUCCGAUUGUCUUGACCACAACGCAUCGGAACGGAACUGGUCCAAUUUGGUCGGGAAAUUGGUGGCGUCAUUUUCCUCCAGUGCGACAGCAUCUGAGGCAGCAGUUUCAGGGACAAGUUCUUCUUCAACUUCUACGAGAAGCAAGAACUUGUUCACGACGAGCAGCGGCAGCGUCACAACGACUUCCCUCAGCGGCCCGAUCUCGAUUUUCGAGCAAACUUUGGCGGCACUAGCGGAGAUCUUCCUCAGUCGGCUGUUGCAAGGGACAGGACGAGGACGACGAGGACCGCGUUCAUCCGGGGACCAAUCAGCAUCUUCGGAGGACGAUCAUGUGGGCGGAGAUUCUUCACGGCCGCAGUCUACAGAUGCGCACGUCGCAACCUCCGUGGCAGUAGCUCCGGGCGAGAAUCAUGAAGAGAGCACGGGACGAGGACGACCUCCAAACGACCCGAACAACAAACACUCGAACAGCAAUUCUGCGCUCCUCUCCUGCUUCGAGGCCGCCGCAGCAACUACGAAGCUUCCCAUCAACACGCUCGUGCACCAGAUUCAAGAAGACGGGGUCACAGUUUAUAACCUGCUCAGGUGUUACAAUCUCAAACGUUACAAUAGAAUGUCGAAAUCUGUGAUGCAAGAGUGCGUGAUCUAGCCAACGCUCAUAGGAUUGCGCAUGACAAGUUCCGGAGCCCCAAACCCCACUACAAUCUGGCAAAAUUUGUAUUGCAAAACGUGGAACGCUGUGCGAGUCUGUCAUGCUCAUCAUGCAACAAUGCGGCAUACACAAUGCCAUCCCCGCAGCAGCACAGUCUGUUUAUGUCAUGCUCAUCAUGCAACACAAAUUCCAGAUUCUAUUGUAACGUUUGAGAUUGUAACAUCUGAGCGGGCCAUACAGUUGUGAUCCAGAAAUCGGUCCGGGCUUUGCUCGCGAAGUUGCAAAAAGAAAACAGAAAUAGAGCGAGGACCUCCAAGAGCGGUGUUGAAAAGGAGACGAAUUUUGUGGAGCAGCAGCAAUCUUACUACCAGAGAGCAGCACCCCUCAUCCCCCCCCUUCCGCCGAAAAACUACUGGCCAUAUGAAGUAGAUCUUCAAGAAGAUGAUUCUACUUGUGCCGAAAAAGAAAACGUCAACACCAAACCUCUUUCCUUCGAAGAAAACUUCCAGUAUUGCGGGAUCUACCAAAUUAACGUGAAAAACGACAUAUGCCUUGCAAAAGUGUCGUGGUGCUUUACGUUGUUGCGUAAAUCGCAUGACAAAUUUUUUCCCAAGAGAAAAUGGAAUUUGUAAUGCUGAUUUGGCAGCUAAGAGUAAGAAACAAGAUUUGUCAUGAUGCGUGAUUAUUUCAGUAAUUAGUACGAGUGCGAUACUUUUGCAGAGCAUACGACGUUCGGAUUUGCCGCCCGCAGCGGCAGCACGUGGAACGGGACAUGUGGUUUUUGGCGAACGCGCAACACAAGUUACCGGUACCUCCAGAGAAGGACCUUUACGAAGAUUCCACGGGAGAGCUACCCGGGAUGCUGCCGGCGCCGGCCACUUCUUCUUCUUCUUCUUCUUUCGCAGGGGGUCGUGAAGAUGGAUCUUCUCCUACGCAUGCUGACCUUCUUGUUGGGGCGCCAUCUUCUGUUCUCCCUGAAGGUCCUGAAGCUGCGAAUGAUGAAGCCUCCCGACGACCAGCUGGUCGCGAUCAUCGCAUAUGGAAGCGGCAGGUUUGAAAUCGACAAAGUAGAAAUGAUUUGCCAUGCAUAAAAUGCAAGGCAUGCAGUGCCUGCCUUGCCGGGAUGGCAAGUGAGGCCGAUUGUGAGCCUGCUAAAGUAGCAUGACAAAAGCAGUCUUCUGUGCCCAAACAGCAUGGCAAAGUGGAUUCCGGUGCUCGGUAAAUUUGUCAUGGGCCACUUGAUAGGUGGGCUUCCGACUGGUAUCGGUUUUAUGCAUGACAAACUAUUCCAACUUUGACGAUUUCAAUCCUGACACUCCCAUAUCGCAAGUCCCUGAAGUACUGGAAACGAUCCUUUCGGACACCAACAGAGGCAGAAAAACCGAACUGCCUCAAAUAUUCUGAGUAAAAACAUCCCCACCCCAGAGUUGUCGUGCGAAUCUGCAUACCAAAAAUGUUUCUCAUGCGGAGCCCCAUGCGAAGCAUAAUUUUUUCGACGUGUUUUAGUAGAAUUUGUGAUGCUCAUCUUAGCAUGAUAUGAGAGAUGUGUGAUGCUGCUGAACUAGCUAAGUAGGACUAUACUACGAGGACAAAAUUGUCAUGCGAAAGAGCCAAAGGUGGUUGAUUUGUCUAGCAGAUUUUCCAACUUGACUAUGGGGUGGGGACGUUUUUGCCCAGGAUACCAAGUACACUUUCCUUGAAAUCCAGGAGGAUCCCAUGGAAGACUGGCCGGACUGGCCAGAUCAGCACUGCGUCUGGUUCCGGGCGUAUCAGUACGAGGAGUGGGAAGUUUACAAGUUCUUGGCGCAACAUAUCAAAAGUAUACGUGUUAUACGUAUAACAGUUUUCACACAUUGCAGUCAUGCGUCACAAAUGUAGCCCACUAUGCAUGCUAUGCAUGACAAAUUUUGGCACGUUUAGUGAUGCAUUAGCAUUGCUGCGUGACAAAUUCCGUAUAACGUUAAUACAACUUUUUCCUGCGAUACAACACAGAUUACCGACGGAGAAGGCGGCGGGGAAUAAGCAGGAACUUUUGCGGGACUCUAUAGCGAUGGGAUGUGGGGUGGUGGUUGAAUAGCAGGACUACUCAGCGAAUUUGUUAUUCCUAAGAGUAGAAAACUACAACCUAGAGCAUCCCGACUGCGACAGGUAGUUCCGAUUUUUGCCGGCUGCACUAAGCAUUUAGCAUUAUGCGCAUGGUCCGCAUGUAGCUGCCGCUUGAUGUUUUUGAAUAAAAAGCAACUGAAUUUGCUGUGAUUGAAAGUUUCACUACAAAUUUAAACGAUAUCCCCAUAACAUUUUUUUCGGAGAAGAUGCAAAAAAUCUACCUAGUCUUGUUUUUCAAGAGUUUAAAAUUAUCGUGGUAAAAACACACGAAUUUCAAUAUUAAUCAGAAAUGUAUGCAGAAGCUUUUCUCUGUGUUUUGUUCACCUGACAUUUUCCUUCAUUUGACCAAGAGAACAAGUCGCGCGCUUUUUUUGUCUUACAGAGUAGUAGCGGAUAUUGCUACAGCUGAAGAGGACAGUCCACCUUUACAGUAUAAAAAUGAUGAGUACUUCUUGUGACAAAAGUAUCAAAGAAUGCUAGUACAACAUGAAUGGAGAUGCUGCAGCUGCUGCAUGCUGAAAAUCUGCUUCUGCAAAAAUGCAGUCGAAGAGCAGGGCUGCAUGCAUGCCUCCACGGCUGGUACAGCAAGAUGUUUUUGAUUGAUGUUAUAGCCCUUUGCUAGUUCGUGCUUCCUUAUCGACGCGUUUUGAUGAUAGUCGCUUCACCAUCAAGGCUCCUGCUCGUGGUGCGC